UGCUCUUCUCUGUCUCUUCCGGGCUUGUGUGCGGCGCUCGUACACACCGCUCUUCUCCGGGCCGUCUCAGUAGGAAACAUGGCGGCCGUCAGUAAGUACUUGACAGCGAAGAACUCAGCUGUAGCUGGCGGUGUCCUACUCGUUCUAUACUUCAUUAAGCAGAGACGAAGAUCCGCGGGACUGAACAGGAAAAAGGGUUCUUCGAAUGAUCUGAACAAUGAGCAGAAGGAUGGCAAGAAAGAAAGAGCUGCUGUGGACAAGCUCUUUUUCAUCCGGAUCGCACGGAUCCUUGGGAUUAUGGUGCCCAGAUUGUUCUGCAAAGAGACAUGGUACCUGCUCCUGAUCGCGGUGAUGCUUGUGACUCGAACCUACUGUGACGUCUGGAUGAUUCAGAACGGCACUAUGAUUGAAAGUGGAAUCAUUAGCAGAGAUAUCAAACUAUUCAAGAGGCACUUUUAUUCCUACCUGACUGUCAUUCCUGCGAUCGCCCUGGUGAACAACUUCCUGAAGUUGGGCCUGAAUGAGCUGAAGCUGUGCUUUCGCGUGAGGCUUACCAAACAUCUCUACGAUGAGUACCUGAAGGGAUAUACCUACUACAAAAUGGGAAACCUUGAUAACCGAAUUGCUAACGCUGAUCAGCUGCUGACGCAGGAUGUGGAAAAGUUCUGUAACAGUGUGGUGGAUCUUUACUCCAACCUCAGCAAGCCCUUGUUGGAUAUUGGAUUAUACAUAUUCAAACUGACAACAGCGAUCGGUGCUCAGGGUCCUGCAACUAUGAUGACCUACCUGCUGAUCUCCGGCCUCUUCCUGACCCGUCUGCGCAGGCCGAUCGGUAAGAUGACAGUGACCGAACAGAAGUAUGAAGGAGAAUACCGAUACGUCAACUCUCGUCUCAUCACAAACAGCGAAGAGAUCGCGUUCUACAAUGGAAAUGUAAGGGAGAAACAGACAAUUCAUUCAACUUUCAAGAAACUGGUCGAUCAUCUGCACAAUUUCAUCUUUUUCCGUUUCUCCAUGGGAAUGGUGGAUAGCAUUAUUGCCAAGUAUUUUGCUACCGUGGUUGGCUAUUUAGUCGUCAGUCGUCCUUUCCUUGAUUUGUCUCACCCUCGACAUCUGACCAGCACACACGCUGAACUGCUGGAGGACUACUACCAGAGCGGCCGUAUGCUGCUGCGAAUGUCGCAGGCGUUGGGUAGAAUCGUUCUUGCAGGCAGAGAAAUGACGCGUCUGUCAGGCUUCACUGCUCGAAUCACUGAGCUCAUGAAGGUCCUGAAAGAGCUGAACUCUGGGAAAUACGAACGUACCAUGGUGUCUCAAUCCGAGAAAGAUGCUUCAGAAAAGCUUACACUGAUACCUGGAAGUGGAAGAAUCAUCAAUGUAGACAAUAUCAUCAAGUUUGAUCACACACCCCUGGCUACACCUAAUGGAGACAUUCUGAUCAGAGAUCUGUGUUUUGAGGUGAAAUCCGGAACCAAUGUUUUGGUGUGUGGUCCCAACGGGUGCGGAAAGAGCUCACUUUUCCGGGUUCUUGGAGAGUUGUGGCCACUGUUUGGUGGGAGUUUGACGAAACCAGAAAGGGGGAAGCUCUUCUACGUCCCUCAGAGGCCUUACAUGACCCUCGGCUCACUGAGGGAUCAAGUGAUCUACCCAGACACCCAUGAGAGCCAAAAGAAGAAAGGCAUCUCUGACCAGGUGCUGAAGGAAUACCUGGAUAAUGUCCAGUUAGGUCACAUUUUGGAGAGAGAGGGGUCGUGGGACAUGGUUCAGGACUGGAUGGAUGUGCUCAGUGGAGGAGAGAAGCAGAGAAUGGCGAUGGCCAGGCUCUUCUACCAUAAGCCCCAGUUUGCCAUCCUGGACGAGUGCACCAGUGCCGUGAGUGUAGAUGUGGAGGAUUACAUCUACAGUCACUGCAGAAAGGUUGGCAUCACCCUGUUCACAGUCUCUCACAGAAAGUCCCUGUGGAAGCAUCAUGAGUACUACCUCCAUAUGGACGGCAGAGGAAACUAUGAAUUCAAACCCAUCACCGCUGAAACUGUGGAGUUCGGCUCUUAGAGAAAAACAACAGCACUAUCAGCAGUUCACUGUUCACAAGACAGUUCACCCAAAAAUGACAAUUCUGUCAGCAUGUGCUCUUUCGUUUGUUGACGAUAAUGUUGAUGAUAGCUGUCGACCUCCAUAGUAUUUUUCUAUAGUUCUUCACAGUAUCUUCUCAUAUGUUCAACAGAAGAAAGAAACUCAUACAGGUUUGAAACAGCUUGAGGGUGAGUAAAUGAGUAAAAUUGUCAUUUUUGGGUGAACUGUCCCUUUAAGGAGUCGCCUGCCAACUAAUAUAGGAGUUUGUUUUUAAUCAUGUACAACUUUUUCGGGAUGAAAUCGUGUUUAGAGAUUUAUUAACACUACUUUUGUCCUCAAUGAUUGUAUAUAAUUUUGUAAUUUAAGCAGUCCAAUUUAUAGGACAUCCGUUAAGUACGCAUAGGAGCGUAUACCAAGGAAAUACGUCUUGUGUCUGUGCACUAAUUUGUUAAUAAGUGAAAUUUCUCUGUAUAGGCUCACACAAAUCAAUGCCACCGGACUGAACUGAGCAUUUAAUAUCUUAGAUACACGAUAAUGAUCUAAUAUUGCCUUUUUCUCAUCAGCUAAACCUUUCUUUAAGCUACUACGUGGCCUUUCGUGCUCAACGCAGCAUGGUUGGGUGGUCUGGAUAUGUGCGAGUUGUUUUUUGGUGCACUUUACCUGGUGUGGUAAUUUGGAAAACCAGGAAGCCUUGUACAACCAAUCGAUAAGAAGUUGCCUAUGCACUUGUUUACUCCAGCAUUGUUGGCAUUUCUUGAUGUGGAAGAAAUCUGGAACGGUUGUUGUGUGUAAGAACUGUAAGAAAUACUGUCGUAGCACUUCACAUUAAGCAAAUGAACCACUUUGCUGUAUGUUUUCAUUAAAAAAGGAGAUGUUGAUACUA